CGCCUAACCCAAUUCCCUUAUGUAUAAAUAAAUUAAAAAAAAAAAAAAAGGACCCUUCCAAAACCCAGAAAGAACCCAAAGAAAGAGUGUACGCGCACACACACAACAGAGGACAAGUGUUCACUCACUGUGUAAGCCAACAACAUCUUCGACCCACCCCAGAAUCCGCAACCUAAAUUAAUUUCCUCUUCCGUAACGUUCCCAUUGCCGACCCAUGGAAACAAUGCGUGCGUCAGAUACUGGAAAUUCCUCAUUUUGCUCUCAGUCUUGCGGUUCUUGGCCGAGAUAGAGAAUUGAUAGGCAAAGGUUUUGUGGGUUUCAGUGUAAUUGUUCCUGAAAUGGACAAAACAGAUGAUGGCGAGGACAGACAGGAUAAAGGGUGUAAGAACAAGAGAAAAUUAACUCAUCCUUCUAUACUGCCUGCUAGUUUUCCAUCAUCUCUGAUUGAGUUCCCUCGGUAUCAAUUACCGGUUCCACAAAGUGGCUUAAACGGAUUUAGUCCAUCUGAGUUGUGGGCAGAGUUGUUUAGAGAAGACGAACCUGAACUUUAUAUGCAUGAGCUUGUGGAUUGGAAUGAUCCUAUUGCAAGCCAGCUUGAGGAACUACUGUUGUCUAAUUUGCAAGCGAUUUUCAGUGGUGCACUCAAGCGGGUUGUUGAAUUAGGCUUUGAUGCAAGAUUGGUUGAAAUGUCCCUUUCAAGGAAGGCCCUUUACAUUGAGGAAGGAGACCCUGUCUCAAAUAUUGUACAUCAGACGGUGAAUGUUUUAAAGGGGGAAGAUGAUACUAUUACAGAUUUUAUAUUUGACAAUUUUCAGCACUUGCUGCAUUACACCAUGGUGGAGAUGAUCAGUGUUGUUCGUGAAGUCAGACCCUCCUUGACAGUUGGUGAAGCAAUGUGGCUUUUGCUGAUAUGUGACUUGAACCUUUCACUAGCUUGUGCAGUGGAAGAUCGUCUGAGUGUUGUUUGUAAUGGGGAAAACUCCACCAGUUCUUCCAGUCCCCAAUCAAAUUGCAGUUCACCAACUUUCCAGAAGGAUUUGUCCACCAAUCACCAGAAUCAAAAGUCUGAAGAACCAAAGUUUGGAAGUUUCCAGAAUUCUGCCAACAACCAAGGUCCUCAUGCUUCAGGAGGGGUAAAAAUUAAGGCAGAGAAUGCUUCAUUGCCAAUUACUGCAGAGACAUCCUCUGGAACUUCAGGGAUUCCUGCCCACGAAUGUAAAUCAGGACCUUGUUCUAAGCGGCAUAACAGGAAAGAAAUAGCAGCACUUAGACAGAGAUUCCUUCAUAUGGAGAAAACUUACAGGUCUUGUGGAAAAGGAAGUUUUAAAUCAGGUAAGGUUACAAAUGUUAGCAGUUUGGUUGUUGAAAAAAGACUCAAGCCACCAUCUGAAAUUCCUAAUCAACAAAUGAAAUGUGGCUCCUCAAAUAUGAUAAGCACAAAAGGAGUUCGUUCAGCAAAUGUAGCAUGCCAUGUUUCAAACAAUGAUGCAUCUGUUUUGCCUGCAGGAGGUAAGUCUGGAACAUUACCUGCAAAGGAUACAAUAUCUACUUCUCGGAUGGUGAAUGCAAACACUUCAACACCUGGCAAUAUGUCCAAACCAAAAUCUGAGCUAAGCUUUUCUGUCAAGAUUCUUGAUUACUGUGCUGAUAUUCCUUUUGAUGAGGCUUUGGGUAAGUAUGUCCCACGGGAUGAGAAGGAUAGGCUAAUUUUGAAGUUAAUAACUCGAGUGCAAGAAUUGCAGAAUGAGCUACAUGGCUGGAACAACUGGACAAAUCAGAAGGUUAUGCAGGUUACCAAUAGGCUUGGCAAACUACAGGCUGAGUUUAAAACUCUGAGGAAGGAGAAGCAAGAUGCUGAACUGUUGAAAAAAGAUAAGAAAAUUGUGGAGGAGAAUGCUGUGAAGAGGAUAUCUGAAAUGGAGAAUGCCAUGGAAAAUACUAAAAAGCAAAUUGAGAGUGCUGCUUCUGCUACUCUUGUGUUAGAGGCAGAAAAUUCCUUGUUAAAGAAGGAGUUGGAUGCUGCUAAGUUGUGGGUUGUAAAGUCAAUGACAAGCCAUCAACAAGCACUGGAGAGAGAGCAGAUGGCUCUUAAACAGGCCCAGAUAUUGGAAAGCCAGAACAGUUUGCUUCGAGAUGAGCUUGAGAGAGAGAAGCACAAAUUAUUUAAUCUGCAACAGGAGCUACACAAAGAGACAAAUCUUCAAGCCAAGGUUGAGGGUAGAUUGGCUAAAGAGAGAGCUGCAAAAGAAAAGCUCCUUGCACAGGCUGCAUCCAUUAAAAAGGAGAGAGAGCAACUUGAACAGCACAUGAAAUCUGAGGAGGAUAUGGCUAGAAAGAAGGCAGCUACUGAUCUGCAGAAAUAUGUGGAAGAUAUUGGAAAGCUAGAGAAGGAGUUGGUUGACUUGAAACUAAAAUCUGAUUCUGAAAAAAUAGCAGCACUUCGUAGGUGUGUUGAUGUAAGGAAUGAUAGUUUCUCAAGAACCAAGAGUGCUCCAAACAUGAAGGGAAACAAGAAAUCUGAUACGUCACAAACAUUGGUGAGCUACCAAGACAAAUUGGCUGCUGGAAGUUUGAGGCGUGAGCAGGAGUGUGUCAUGUGCCUAUCAGAGGAGAUGUCAGUAGUUUUUCUGCCAUGUGCACAUCAGGUUGUGUGUCCUGAAUGCAAUGAGCUCCAUGAGAAACAAGGGAUGAAGGAAUGCCCUUCAUGUAGGGCCCCAAUCCAACGUAGGAUUCAUGCUAGAUUUGCUCGGCAUUAGAGAGUAUAGACUUUCCUGAAUGAAUGGGAAUCGUGAAGAAAUACAUUAUGUCCCCCCCCCCUCCCCCCCCAAAAAAAAACAAUAGGAAAUAAACAAGAAAGAAAAACAGAAUAGAGAAAGAAAGAACUGUCCCAAGAGACAGUUGAGUGUAAAGACUGUUUAUGCUUUUUAUAUUUGGAAACAUAAAUCAGCACAAUUAGUUUUUACAUAAUAGAGUAACUUGAAUGAUUUUAGAUA